CUAUCCAGGGAGAUUGAUGGCCGAACUUUCUUUUCUUUUUUAUUUUUUCUCUCUCUUUAACCGGUUGUGGAUUUUUGUUGUAAUCUUUUUCCAGAUUGUUGUUAUUGUGGUUGUGGAUCUUUUCAUUGUAUUUUUGUGUUUUUACUUGUAUUUUUUAGGUGCUCUGGUGACGGAGACGGCUGUUGCCUCAAUCAUGGCGAUUACCAGUAGAGAUACCGUCAGUUAUUGGCUGAGAUACUAUCAAUUAUCGGAUGAGAUAUCGUUGAUUUUUUGUUUUCUGUGAUUUGGUUUCCCGGUUGCCGGCUGCCGAUAACGGUGGAUUCCGGACAAUUUUGGUAGUUACCGGCCUGUGACUUGGUGGUUACCGAUGGAUAGCCAGUAUCUUUGCGGAUACCAAUUGGUAUAUUGACCAAAUACUAGUGACUCGAUUGGCAUCGGUGGUUGGUAGCUGUUCGUGACUAUUGAAUACUGACAGUUGUCGGUCGGAUACCGCCGGAUAUCUCGCUUGGAGACUAAUUUUGUAAUCAGGAGAUGGAAAUUUGCAAGCCCCUCAAGUCUGAAACUGCCUUAAAGCAUCGUCCAUUGACUCUUUUCAGACUAAUAAGGGGUCUGAUAUGCUUGGUAGUCUUUCUUUUCACUGCUUUCAUGUUUCUUGCAUACUUGGCGCCCGGAGCUGCCUUCUUGCGGUUCUUGAGCAUCACUUACAGCAGAAAAGCGACGUCGUUAGCGUUCGCUCUCUGGCUCGGUUUGUGGCCUUUUCUGUUCGAAAAGAUAAACAGGACCAAGGUGGUUUUUUCAGGAGAUAUUGUUCCAUCAAAGGAACGUGUUAUGGUCAUUGCCAAUCACAGGACCGAAGUUGAUUGGAUGUACUUGUGGGACCUGGCGUUGCGAAAGGGGUGCCUUGGACAUAUCAAGUAUGUCCUUAAGAGCAGCUUGAUGAAACUGCCCGUCUUAAGUUGGGGAUUUCAUGUUCUGGAGUUUGUUCCUUUGGAGAGAAAGUGGGAAGUCGAUGAGCCUGUUCUUCGACAAAUGCUUUCGACAUUUUCGAAUCCUCAAGAUCCCUUGUGGCUGGCUAUUUUCCCAGAAGGAACUGAUUUUACUGAACAAAAAAGCAAAAGAAGUCAGAAAUUUGCAGCAGAAGUUGGACUCCCCGUGUUAUACAAUGUGUUGCUUCCGAAAACCAAAGGUUUCUGUGCCAGCUUGGAAGUUCUAAGGGAUUCCUUGGACGCAGUUUAUGAUGUGACUAUUGCAUACAAGAACAACUGCCCCUCCUUCUUAGACAACGUGUUUGGCUUGGAUCCAUCAGAAGUUCACAUGCAUGUUAGGCGUAUCCCUGUCAAGGAUAUCCCGGCAUCCGAGGAUAAAGCUUCUUCUUGGUUAAUUAAUGCCUUCCAGCUCAAAGACAAGUUGCUCGCAAAUUUCAAGGCUGAAGGCAAUUUCCCUAACCCAGUAGCAGAAGAAGAACUAUCUUCAGUGAAAUGCUUAGCAAAUUUCCUGAUGGUAAUUCUAUGUACUGCAAUAUUUGUUUAUCUCACCUUUUGUUCAUCUGUUUGGUUUAAAAUUUACAUAAUUUUGGCCUGUGCAUAUCUUGCUUCGGCUACUUACCUGAACAUUCAACCGAUGCCAUUUCUAGACUUUGUUAGAGCAAUGUUUUGUUUCAAGAAAACAAGAAAUGAUUAAUACAAAAAAGAGAAUACAAUUUAUGC